AUGGAUAGCUCAAAGGCACGUCUAAUAGCCGUUGAGCUUGACACUGCUCGUUGUAAAGGCGACUGGCAGGCAAUACCUGAACUAGCAAAACGUUACAAAAAGUGUCGACCCAACGAAUCAGUUCUUGAAACCACUGUGUGUGUAGAAUCCGACUUUAUAGCUAUACUCCGUCAAGUACGCAAUGAAUAUUUAAUCCAACCAAAAGAAACAACCGAAAGUAUUCAAGGAAACACACCUCAAAAUCAAAGCACACAUACACUACAUGAAUCUGGUUUGACCAGCAGCACAAGCUUACCGACCUCAAAAUUUAAACGAUCCGCCAGCUCCAAAGAACCUACCGGCCAAAUAUUUUCAUUCGAAUCGAAUCGAGCCGAUAUUGAUUAUGUGAAUGAUAGCCCUCAUCUCAUCACUAUUCAGCCUAGACUUACUAUCAGCCAGGUUCAAAGCUGCUUGAAGCGACUGGAAACAGUAGUUCAAAGACACGCCAAAACUCGCAACUUGGAAUCUCCAGACGAUUGGCAAGCUCAGUUCUCAAAAAUCAUUGUCGCCAGAAUAUACUGUGAAUCUGGAAGGUACACAAAGGCACUAGAGGCAUUAAAGAAACUUGCCCUUCCAUUAGAUGAUGUCAAUGCUGGUUAUGGAUUAGUCCUUUUGGUACAAGCAAGAGUAAUCAAAGGUUUCUGCUUUGAAAUGGAAGGUGAUGUUGAGGCCGCUUUGGCGUGCUACAACAGUGCCUGGGACGUAGCCAGCAAACACCUGACAGAGAAAAACGAGUCUCUAUCAUUUUGGGUAGAAGAAUGUCUCUAUCGUACCAUUCUUUUGAGGCUUCGUGUAGAUGCCCCUAUUGAAGAGAUUCUAUCAGCCAUGCGUGGCUAUGUCCAAAUGGUUUCUACUCAUUGGCCUGUUCAUUGGCGUAUUCACAAACGGUGGAUUAUUUUCAGGCACACGGCACGAUACCUUACCCAGAUAUGCCAAGAGGACAAUUAUAUUCCCGCACCUACCGAGAAUUCUGUAGCCAAUGAUACGUAUGUAAUAUUAGUCUGCAGAAAAUUACAGCAAGCUUUAUCUCACAUUGCUUCAAUAGACUCGUCUAUUGAGAGCGAGCACUCAAAAGAGAAGAAUAAUCAAUUGGCUUUCCAAGAGUUUUGUAGACUUACAAAACUUUUCAGAAACCUUUUGACAUCUCUUCAGCUGUAUCUUAAUCCAAGAAUGCUCAGUUACAGAGUAUCAGAACUUGUUGAUAUCAUCAUGGAAGGUCAUCGGAUUAUUGGGUGGGGAAGUAACAGUGACGUUCAGCGGGUUAACCAGUUUCUCUGUGAUGUUAAAGAGAUGACAUUUAACAAUCCUGGGGUAAUGCGACACAAGUUUUUUGUUCUCAUAAGACUAGGCGAAUUCGAAGAAGCGCUUUAUUCGUUACGAUCUUAUGCUGAAUUAAUUGGCCUCCCUGAUAUCGACAAGACAGAUUAUGAUUCAUCAGAGUCUGACCAGACAACAGCCAUUAAAAUCAGUCCUGCCGACAAAGCUGCUCUAAUCCAAACCAGACUGGACGCUCUUUCUGCCGUAGAAGGCGAUGUAGGAUGGAAUUCAGACUCCCAUGCUAGUAAAGAAAACGAAAUGAAUGUCCUUUCAGUUUUAUUAGCUGGCGCACAGCUUUAUGGAAGAGAGUAUAAGAGUGGAAUUUUGGCAGCAACCGUCUCUGAGCUUGCCCUCACAUUGUACCAAAGGGUUUCACUUGUCAGGAGUAACGACAAUAAUAUACUAGCCCAAUGUUACCUAGUUCGCGGUGUAUCUCUGUGCCUUUUGGCUAUCCAAAGCUGUGAUGAAAACACGCGUUCUGCAAACUUUACUGAAUCUAUUGCGUUACUUAAAGCUUCUGUGAAAGCAGCCCCAUCUUCUUGGCGGGCAUACUAUGAGCUGUCGUUGGCACAAGCACAAACUAGAGACAUCAAGGGGGCAUCUAUCUCAAUAUCCAAGUCCAUCGAAUUGAAUCCUGAGCAUCUUCCUUCGUGGCAUCUACUGGCUCUGCUAUGCUCUUGCAAGCAAAAUAAAUCUGUCUUUGAAUCCCUCGAAACUAUUGAAGCUGGUCUAAGAGAAUGUGAUAUUGAUAUUCCUACCCUUGACAUCAAGAAUAUAGUAUUGUCGUGGUCUGGGGAAGACAAAUGCAGUCGUUAUUACUUCGAAACUGCUGAAUCCUAUCUCACCACACGCAUGUCACAGAUAUUAUUUUUGGAGACCCUGGAAGGACCAAGAUCUGUACUUAAGCUCUAUCCAGAGCUAUUCACCAUUUAUUCAAAGCUGUCACAAAGUUUAGAUUUAAGUAACAAUGCUGUUCCUACACCAACUCUGCCCAUCCCAUCCAAGAAAAAUAGUCUCAAGAAGGUAAAAACUGACUCUCCAAAGACCACAAGCUGUCCUUCCUCGCCAACCUCUCCUAGGCAUCCAAGACUCGGCACAGACGAGCAACUUGGUCUAAUUACAGCGAUCUCUAAAACAUCGAGCCGCCCCACAUCUCCCACGUUGCCUAAAUCACCAACAUCACCCACAUCUCUCCGCCAAUCAAGAAUCGGGACUGAGGAUCAACUUGGACUGAUCACGCCUAUCCCUAGAUCUACUAGCGCACGAACCCAAUCUGUAACACGCAAGCGAACACAGAGUCGAAAGGCAUCAUUAGACUACCCAAGGGAUAUGUCCGAGCCACCACUUCCGACUGACAUUCCGGUCCCUAUGUCUCCUCUACUAAGUGAGACAGAGACCCUGAAAGCAUUUACGACCAAAAUGACACAAGAAAUUAACGAAACCGUAGACCAGCUCUCUGAACUAUCUGUCGGUCGAGGCUCAUCUGAUGGAUUACCAAACCCCAAGCUUAAACCAAAGCAGCGUAGCUUUAUGGACAUCAAUAUCAUGAAACGCAUCAGCAAUAGUCAAAUAACACUAUUACCAGCAAACUCCUCUGUUUCGGUGGCAAAAGAAGCAAAAAGAGAAUCUGCAGCAAACCAUAAGGAAUCCAGGCGGUCUGGCACGACUGUUCGUGAUCUGACCACUGUUUCAUUUGCCUCUGUUGUUACAUCUUCUUAUUUAUUCGGAAGCAAAAACAGCGUUAGUAAUAUGCACAGUGCUUACCGCCAGGUUAGCAACACCGUAGCGCUUGAUACUCGCUCCAGGUCAGCAUCAGAUGGUUCGACAACAUUUGUUUCUCAUCGACGAGAACGAUGGAACAUGCUUUUGAUGAAACUAUGGCUGAUGGUCGCAAGUACUUACAUGCGCGCGGGAUUUAUUGAUGAUGCGAUGCGAGUUAUUUCUGAAGUAGAAGAUAUGAAUAUCUCGAGCCCAAUGAUCUGGUAUCAAUUAGGUGUCCUCUGUAUCAAGAUAGACAGACACAAUCCUCUGAGAGGAUGGGAUGAUAUUGGAAUCGAUUCUUUUAAAAAGGCGCUCAAUCUUGAUCCAGAACAUGUCGAAACACAGGUUGCAUUGGCCAAUGUAUACCUUGACAAACAAGAGCCUGAACUUGCAGAAUUUCUCUUGCUUAAAACUACAUCUGGAACCGGUUGGGACUCUGCCGAAGCAUGGUAUAUGCUAGGCACAAUAUAUCAGAAACAAGAGAAAAUUGAGCAAGCAAAAUGUUGCCUUUUUUAUGCUCUUGAGCUUAAUGAGACCACACCAUUAUGUCCAUUUUCACAGCUUCCGUGCUUUGUUUAA